AUGGCGUCUGUGUGCUCUAGUUACUGUCAGUCGAAUGUAACAAUGGAUUGUAACAUGUCAAAAGUGGCGCUAGAAGACUGUAUUUGUCCUGUUUGCAUGUGUAUAUUGAUAGAACCUGUGACAAUGCCUUGUCAACAUGAACUGUGUAUGCCUUGCUUCAAACAAAACGUGGAAGAAGCCAGCUUGACCUGUCCGAUGUGUCGAACUCGUAUUUCCGUCUGGGCUCGACAGGCAGCCAGGAAUCACAAUCUCAUUAACAAAACAAGGUGGAAGCAAAUACAGGAUUUAUUUCCCAAGAAAGUCCAGAGAAGAUUGGAAGGCAAAGAUGACGACAGUUCCGAGGAAGUGUUCUGUGCUCCUAAACCCCAGAUAGCUGAACCUGGAGAAAUCCGAAAAGAAUAUGAAGAACAAUUAAGAAAGAUGCGAGAGCAGCGCAGGAAGGAACAAGAGGCCAGUGAACGGCUCAUCAGGGAACUGCAGGAGGAAGAAGAACGGAAGCAGCAGGAGCGGAAGGAAAGCCUGAAGACGCUGGAGUCCCAUGAUCAUGAACUCGCUCAGGAGCUCAGCCAGGUGAUCAAUGAGGCAGGCACAGAUGUCCCCAUUAACUUCCUGAUGCAGGAGAGUCAAAGUCGGCUGACCCGAAGUAGCUCCACCAACAGCAACACGGACAGACACCCUUCCACCCUUGAAUCUUUCCUGGAACGAUUUAAAGAAAAGACUCAAAACAAGAAUGGAGAUCCAUACCCCUUCCAGUGUUUCACGCCUUCUGAAAAAGAGGAGAAUGGAAGCAAGAGGGCAAGCACAAGUGUGUCAGGGCUGCUGACAGACAAGAGCACGGUGCGUCCAGACACACUGACUGUGUCCAGCUCUUCUGGUCAGAGUCUUCAGGAGAUGUUCAGCCCGUUAAGCAGCGUCGUGCCCAUGUCGGAGGGAAGGAGCAGUGACUGUACAAUUAUAGGGGAACAUGUUCCUCACACCGCAGCUUGUAGCAAGUUACAUGAUGCAGGUGAAGAUGUCACUACCAGUGAAUGCCCACUGCAGACAUCUACGAAUACUCAACCAAAGAGAAGCAUGCUUUUAGAAGACAUUCUGCAAGCUCCUGAUCUUAAUCCCCUUCCGUGGGCAAAGGAUAAUGAAAGUGCUACAUGCAGUAAAUAUUCUGAACACAGUAGUGGUGGAUCUUCCGAAAAACAGUCUCAGCGAAAUGCAGGAAAGCGACGUAGAUGCCCAAGUGCUGAAAGUAACGAUAGCAUAAGUCCUGAAAUAUCUCAUUUUAAGCCGAUACAGUCGUGUCCCAGAACCCCGCCUCGUAAUGUGGAUGGAAAAUUGGUAGAUCCACCCGUGGUAUGGACAACUCCACAUAAUCUAAAGCAGCUUCAGAGAAGAAGCUCCAGCGAUGAUCACCAGGGGUUGAAUUUAAAUGAAUGCAGAAGCCCAGCUAUGCAAAGGCGUUUAAGGGUACUGGCAGAAGAUCGUAGGCGGCAAGUUGAGGCCAACUCCAAGUCGACGUCAACGCUGGCGGCAGAUGCGCUACAUGCCGCGUCUGUAAAACGGAAACAGUCUUCAGUGUCCGAAUCGCGGUUUUGUGUGUCCACUUCACCUUUUGGCAUGCAGGCGAAGCCACGAGCUCCUUGCACUAUAUCUUCUGAGACCCAACUCGACGUUAAUUCAAACGAAAGUCCUUGUACGUCAUCGGUGGAAUACAGAGACAAGGGUGAUGCAUUUAAGCACAACAUUCCGACUUGGUUAAACGGUGUGUCUGUAUCUGAUAGGGUACAUAGCCCAGACAUUGAUGGUGUUGGCAAAGAAGGAAAACAUGUCUUACCUUUGGUUUCCUGCGUGGAUGAUUUUGAUGAAUUUGAUGGGUCACCACCAAUGCCAGAAGUUUCAUUUCUUAACAAAGGCGCGAGUGAAACUAAAAGAAAUCUGUUCACCACGGAUGUGUCUUCUCCAGAAAUCAAAGGUAGUCUUCCCUCAGUAUCAAGGAACUUAUUUCAAACUAUAGACGGAACUAGUAAAACGAAAUCGGCCAAAACAGACAGACCAACAACUCCGGUGACUGCGAAGAAUCGAGGAAAACUGUCCAAAUCUAAGUCGCGGCAGAACAAUGUCGCCAAAAAACGUUUUAGUUCACCUCAGAUGUCAUUAAAGGAUAUGUUCAGUAGAGUUCAAGAUAUCAAGAAGGAGCACAGGGGUUUGGGCCUGUCCCCUUGCUUUGCUUCAGCCUGCAGCACACCACUGGCCGACGAAGGCUCCGUGCAGAUGAAGUCACUUAUUAAUCAGGCUUUGGACUCGCUGGAAAGGGACGAUAUUAUCGCCGAAGUAGGGCCAAAGAAGUCCGAUUGUAAGAAAAGCUCUGAUCUAAUAAGCAUGUGUGGGCAGCAAGCUGUUCAAGAAAAGUGUGAGUCAGAUUCUGAGGAUUUGAUGGAUACAAUUCAGCGAACUAUUAACCUAGUAGUAGCUUCACCUGAAAAUGUGCAAGACUGUAAGAGAAAGGGGCAAAGGUAUAAGAAAAAUACUGCCAAGGCGAAUUCCUCCCAUCCGCAGACAAAUACGUUGGACAAGUUCUUGAAAAAGCCAAAAACCAAUGUCAAAGAAAGUCCCGGUAAAAAAGUUGAGAGGAACGUGAAGCGAAGGCGAAAACGCCUGGAAGAUCCAGAUUAUGUGUGUUGUCCUGAGGAUUCAGAUAGCGGUUUAGAUUUUGAUGAAGUCCGUUCGUCACAAAAUGAUUCAAAGGCAUCGAAAAAGUCACCGAAAAAGUCACCGACAAAGCGAAAGAAGUUUAAAGGCUACGUCUGGAUAACGGAUGACGAGGUAGAUCCGUCGUAUGAGCCUCCCGAAGAAGAUAGUGACAUCUCUCCAGAAAAGACGCCCAAGAGAUCCAGAAGAAAAACCUCUAGAACUCGACGAAAGGCUGAAGAGACUCCUGAAAAAGAAGUGAAUGGUGAGACGAAGUCUGACUUAGAAGCCAGUCCAAGUCGACGGUUGUCCGGAAGAAAAAGACGCAAGCCUGUGUACCUCUACUACGAUGACACAGACGAAGAGGCCUCGAACGACACCCACCAGUCAAGUCGUGACGCUCAGGUAACCGACACGAGCGCUGCUCAGCCUACUUGUGAUCUAACGAAUCUGAAACGUCAACCACUUCACAGAAAUGUCGACACGAAAACGGAGAGGAUGAAAAACGAUCGUUUAUACUCCUCACCUGAGAAGUGUGCGCGUGUUUCUAAGGUGAGUCCCAAGCGAAAAUCAAAACGUUCUCCAUUGAAAGGCAAGUCAAAUCUAAUGACUGAUGGUUGUGUUUCGUGUAAAGAAAGUGCAUCUAGUCAGAAAACCGAAAACGAAUUACAGGUCGCCAACCCACCUACAAGAAAUCUGAAACGGACUAGGUUAACAUCAUCAAGUAUAGAGAAAUCCCCAUCAAAGGGAAGGAGUUGCAGUGUCCAGAAAAACACAACUCAAAGUGAAACAGGGUGUGCUUCGAAAGCUCAAGAAGAGCUUGAUAGACAAUUGGCGUUGCAAUUGCAGAAGGAGUUUGAAUUGGAGCUCCGCAAGUCCAGAAUUGUUGAUCGUAGCAAAGGUUCUUCUGAUGAAUACAGCUUUCGCAGACGCGGGAAGAACUUGCUUAGUCCAGUAGCAUCACACACGCGAAAUCGUAAGUCGAAAAAGUGACGUACAGUAUUGGCUGGGAUUUAAGCUCGAAUUACUAAAAUCUCACUUCACAGAUUUACCUGUAUCCUUGCCUGUGAUUGCACCAGACACCUUUGCUUGGAUUUCGUCACGGUACAUGUAUCCAAAGUGUUCACUUGUUAGCCCGUACUUUUAUAGGGUCUUCUUUGAAAUUUAACCAUCGUGUUUUAAUGACUCUUGGAAUACUUAGCGACCAUUGAUGGUCUGGUAGCAUAUACUAUUCAAUUACAAAAUGAUAUUGAGCUGUUCAUUUUACUUUCAAGUUCCAAAAAGUUGAGAUGUUUACGCUUUGGUCUUCUAUUUUGGAGAUUAGCGAAUUAAAAAAUGUAACCCUAUACUUUAGUCUGACAGUUAGUCGUAUUGACUGAUCGUCACAAACAAAAACGAAUCUGACCGACCAGAACUGUCUCAAAAAAAAAAAACUACAUGUAUAACAAUCAGUAAGGGAGUUAAAACUCUUUUAACGCUAAAGGUAAAAAAAAAUUCUACUGUAUCAUGUGACCUGUCCAAAAUGUUAGGCAACUGUUGUUGAUCACAUUUGCCAUAGCAUAGACGUCUGAAAAAAGCUUCACAAAAAGUUGUUUAAUAAAGAUGAACAACGGAGAAAUUUGAAGAGCGAAUUCUGAAAUUUGAACAUAGCGAGGCUGGUGAUUGGUAAGUUAACAUCAUAGAAACUUGCUUAACAUUUUUACGAGUCUCAUGAUGCAGGAGGAAUGUUUUUUUACCUCUAGCGACCAAACAGUUCAGAACUCGAAACUCCCCUA